UCCUCUCCUAUAUGUAAAACCCUAGACUCACUCUCUCAACACAAGUAGCAGAAGAAGAAAGGGUUAGGGUUCUUCUUCUUCUUCAUUCCAACGAGAGUGUGAGUUCAGUUCACACCAGAAACCGCCACAAUGUCGAUGUCAAAGAGUUCGAAGAUGCUCCAAUACAUCAACUACCGCAUGCGCGUCACCAUCCAAGACGGUCGUCAACUCGUCGGAAAAUUCAUGGCCUUCGACCGCCACAUGAAUCUCGUCCUCGGUGACUGCGAGGAGUUUCGCAAGCUUCCUCCGGCCAAGGGCAAGAAGCCCUCCGACGCCGACCGCGAAGAUCGCCGCACCCUCGGCCUCGUUCUCCUCCGCGGUGAGGAGGUUGUUUCCAUGACCGUUGAGGGUCCGCCUCCGCCGGAGGAGUCACGCUCCAAGGCUGUUAACGCCGCCGCGCUCGGCGGCCCUGGGAUUGGUCGCGCUGCUGGUAGGGGGAUUCCUGCUGCUCCUGUUAUUCAGGCUCAGCCUGGGUUAGCGGGUCCUGUUCGUGGUGUUGGUGGUCCUGCUCCUGGUAUGAUGCAGCCGCAGAUCUCGCGCCCGCCGCAGUUGUCGGCGCCACCUGUGUCGUAUCCUCCUAAUGCGCCUGGGAUGAGGCCGCCUGGGCAGAUGCCGGGGUAUCCUGGACAGGGUCCUCCGCAGAUGGGUAGGGGUCCGCCGCAGCCUAUGCCGCCUGGGCAGUUUGCUCCUAGACCUGGUGGUCCGCCACCGCAGUAUGGGGUUCCGCCGCAGUUUGGGCAGAGACCAAUGGGGCCACCUCCGCCUGGGCAGAUGAUGAGGGGACCUCCACCUCCUCCUCGCCCUGGAAUGCCAGGACCUCCACCUCCUCGCCCUGGGAUGCCACCUCCCCCUGGCGGUGCUCCUGUUUAUGCUCCACCUCGUCCUGGCAUGCCCCCUCCGCCAAACUCUCAGAAUCAACAACAACAGUGAUCGUGGAAUGGAUUGAACUUCACAUUAUGGCAGGUUUCCUCUUGCUGGUGCUCUGAAGAUAUGGACAUUGGACUUGUUUGGCACACUUCAUUUAAUAUGCUGCUUGUACUUCAGUAGUAAUUAUUGCGUGGAAAAUCUCAAUCAUUCACUUAUUAGGGAUUUUUUUUUAAUAUAUUGUGAUGAGAACGUGUCGUGUUAGAACAGCUUAAUGUUUUGGACAAGUUAUUGUACUACAACUGAGCACUAGACAUAUAAAUCGGCUUUGUAGAUUGUCUGGAAAGAAUGCCGGAUUUCAAAUUCAUCGUACUAAUUUGUGAGUGUAGGACAGGAUCUGUGACCCCUUUUAUCUUUUGGGUUAUAUAGCGUAAUUAUGACUUGGAA